AAUUUGCAUAUUUCCACGAGACCUCGAGCCUCGUCGAUUCUUUCUCCUCGGCCACGUGAAGUGAAGGUGCCGCAAGAAGAUCGCAGUCGUGUCUCGUGUGCCCAAAUAAUCCAAAAUCAAUUCCAAAGGCAAAGAUACUGAAAAAUAAAAAAAAAAUCACGAACGCAUGAAAAUAAUUAAGCAAACAUGUUCGCUCGCAAGUGGCGUUCAGUCUCGAAAUUGCAGCAAAUAGCUGUCUGUAGUGGGAAUUUCCCACAAUUUUUUGUCAGCAAGCGGCACAAGUUUGACAAAAGAGAAGCUAACUUGUGGUCCAAAACCAACACAGACAGAGCCCUGGAUCAUUUCGAUGAUUUUUACGGUACAUUUUAUGGAGACCUUUGGCCAGCAACAAGACUUGCAAUGCUGUCUACACCUAAACAUUGUGCUUUAGUUAAUUACUACGGUGACUAUAACGAAACUAUUGAAAAGCUCAAGAAUAUGGGGUGCAUGGAUAUUCAAGAACUUUUUGAACAAAGCCGUUCCAAAAAAACCAAAACACGGAAAACCCCAGAAAACAUGCCUACUGAUGUCCUCGAAAAGGAAGCUGGUGUUGAAGAUGAGGAUAGUGAAAACUUUCAAGAGCUCACAGAUGACAGAGUCAUCUCUCCUGGUCAGACAACUUCUGCCUACUUGAAUUUUGUUCCGACAACAAAAUUAAAAGGGAUGGAAGAGUGGCUAGAGGAAGAAGAUCAGUUUGAAUAUGUCAAGCCAACUUACGACUUUGUGGUUGAAAAGCAAAAAGACGAACGCCUGGAUUUCCCUUCUCUGCUCAAAGCGUUUGUUUUUCCACGAGGGGACAUCUCGCGAUUUCCUUCCCCUAAAAAAAGUACUUUUGGUACUUCCAAUUAUUACUUGAUGGACGCUGCAUCUCUACUUCCCGUAUUGGCGCUGAACCUACAGCCAACUGAGUCUGUCUUGGAUUUAUGUGCAGCACCAGGAGGGAAAUCCCUGGCCAUAUUACAGACACUCUAUCCAAACAGACUUGUCUGCAAUGACAUUACGAUUUCGCGGAUUUCGCGCCUUAAUAAUGUGCUGAAGCAAUAUCUUGGGCAGACGCAAACCUGGAAGCAACAUCUAGAGGUCCGAAAAUCGGAUGCUUUGCACUGGUCUGAAUUUGAUGCCUUCGAUAAAGUCCUGGUGGAUGUGCCCUGUACCAAUGACAGGCAUUCAGUCAUGGAGGAUGACAAUAAUUAUUUCAAGAAAGAUCGAAUGAAAGAACGGAUAAGUUUGCCUGAAACUCAGUCAGCUCUCCUCUGCGCCGGAGUUCGAGCGUGUAAGCCCGGUGGCACUAUCGUCUAUUCCACCUGCAGCCUUUCGCCGAUUCAGAAUGACGGUGUCGUUCAUAUGGCAAUAAAGCAACUCAAGGAAAUGUACAAAAUCGACACGGUCGUCAAGGAUAUGUCGAUGACGACUAGACAUUUUAGGUUCCUCUGCCGUUUUGCCCCAUCAUCCUCACUCCGUUACGGCCAGGUGGCGCUUCCUUCCAUUGUCAACAACUUCGGACCCAUGUACAUAUCCAAGUUGCAGCGAGUCAUUUAACAUCUUUUGUCGUCUAGAGGUGAUCAUGGCAAUUUAGUGCCUUAACAAAUGUCUCCAUCAGUUUCCCAUAGGUACCACUUGAAAGUCCAAGUGCUUAGAUGAUAUUUUUAUUUUCAUGAAAUCCAAAAAAAUGAGCCAUCUUUUUCUCCCACGCUUUAUAAUGACGCUCAUUCUUCAAUCUGUACUGUGUACAUCACUGUGGAUGGUGCAACUCGCCAUCACAAUGUUUUUCGAUAAAAAUGAAAUUUGUCAUCCAUUUU